AGGAGGGUGCGCGCGUGUGUGUGAGCGCGCGUGGCGGCCGAGCGGCUCCGGCUUCUUCGCGUUCUUUUCCAGUAGCCCCCACCGGGUCUCCGGAAGGCGCGGAAGUCUCAGGGGCUCCACUGGCCGGCCUCCGACGGCGCAGACAGCCGGCGCCCGCCGCCCACCCACGCAGCCCUCUUCCCCCACCUCCCGCCCCGGCCCCGGCGCGCUCUCUCCUCCUCUCCCGCGCGCCCUCUCGCCCUCUCGCCCUCGCUCCGGCCGCCGCGCGCUCCCGCUGGCUCCGGACCCUGUGUCUCCGCCAACUGGGAGAGCCGGAGGGGCCCCUCGUCGUGCGCGGAAGCUACGGGCCCAGGGCACCCAAUGCCGGGGCAGUGUCCUCGCGCGCCGCGGAGUGGGCUGUGAUUGGAGGAGGAGCCCGUGCCGGGCGGGCCCGAGGGGGUGCCGAGCCGGUGCCUCCAGUCUGCCCCGCGCGCGGAGCUGCGCGUACUGGGUGCCCCAGAACCCGCGGGCGCCCGGCAGCCGAGCGCACGUCGUUUUGGAUGCACACGCCCGGGUCCCUGGCGUCUGACGGCGCGGGGAGGGCAGCGAGGCCCCAGGUACCUAUUACACCAUUCUUUGGCGAAGGCUAUUCAGCAGUGGUGACCUCUUCCAAUCCUAUACUCUACAAAUUAUUAUCUCUGGACUUCCAGCUGACACCCUGCCGGAGGCAAGAGCUACUAAGCCAACUGGAACUGUGCCUUUUCUCUUGUCAAGGUUUUUUUCUUACACAGGAAAAAGAAAGAAAAAAAAAAAGAUGAAGUUGGGCAAAGUGGAGUUCUGCCAUUGUCUGCAGCUAAUAGCUCUUUUCCUGUGUUUUUCUGGGAUGAGUCAAGCAGAACUCUCAAGGUCCAGAUCAAAGCCCUAUUUCCAAACAGGGAGGUCCCGGACCAAGCGCAGCUGGGUGUGGAAUCAGUUCUUUGUUCUGGAGGAAUACAUGGGUUCAGACCCCCUCUAUGUAGGAAAGCUCCACUCUGAUGUUGAUAAAGGAGAUGGUUCCAUCAAAUACAUCUUGUCAGGCGAAGGGGCAAGUUCCAUUUUCAUUAUUGAUGAGAACACUGGGGAUAUUCAUGCCACCAAGAGACUGGAUCGUGAGGAGCAGGCCUACUACACGCUCCGAGCUCAAGCACUUGACAGGCUCACCAACAAGCCCGUGGAGCCCGAGUCUGAGUUUGUCAUCAAAAUUCAGGAUAUCAACGACAAUGAACCCAAGUUUUUGGAUGGCCCAUACACGGCAGGAGUUCCUGAAAUGUCUCCUGUGGGGACCUCAGUUGUACAAGUGACAGCGACAGAUGCUGAUGAUCCUACGUAUGGCAACAGUGCCAGAGUGGUCUACAGUAUUCUGCAGGGACAGCCAUACUUCUCAGUGGAGCCAAAGACAGGAGUCAUCAAGACUGCCCUUCCAAACAUGGAUAGAGAGGCUAAAGACCAGUAUUUGCUUGUUAUUCAGGCAAAAGAUAUGGUUGGUCAAAAUGGAGGACUGUCAGGAACUACAUCAGUCACUGUGACCCUAACUGAUGUCAACGAUAAUCCACCUCGCUUUCCUCGAAGUUCUUACCAAUAUAAUGUCCCAGAAUCAUUGCCUAUAGCCUCAGUUGUUGCCAGAAUUAAAGCUGCUGAUGCAGAUAUUGGAGCUAAUGCUGAAAUGGAGUACAAAAUUGUGGAUGGUGAUGGACUGGGCAUUUUUAAGAUUUCUGUUGACAAAGAGACACAGGAAGGAAUCAUUACUAUACAGAAGGAGCUGGAUUUUGAAGCCAAAACAAGUUAUACACUACGGAUAGAAGCUGCAAAUAAAGAUGCCGACCCUCGCUUUCUAAGCUUGGGUCCAUUCAGUGACACGACAACCGUGAAGAUAAUUGUGGAAGAUGUGGAUGAGCCCCCGGUGUUCUCUUCACCUUUGUACCCUAUGGAGGUGUCAGAAGCUACCCAGGUUGGAAAUAUCAUUGGCACUGUAGCAGCUCAUGACCCAGAUUCUUCCAAUAGCCCUGUGAGGUACUCAAUUGACAGAAACACAGACCUGGAGAGAUACUUCAAUAUUGAUGCCAACAGUGGAGUUAUCACAACUGCCAAGUCUUUGGAUCGAGAGACAAAUGCUGUUCACAAUAUCACAGUCCUUGCAAUGGAGAGUCAGAAUCCAUCUCAAGUAGGAAGAGGCUAUGUGGCCAUCACAAUACUUGACAUCAAUGAUAAUGCCCCUGAGUUUGCCAUGGACUAUGAGACCACCGUCUGUGAAAAUGCCCAGCCAGGGCAGGUUAUCCAGAAAAUCAGUGCUGUUGAUAAAGAUGAGCCAUCCAAUGGACACCAGUUUUACUUCAGCUUAACAACGGAUGCAACAAAUAACCACAACUUUUCAUUGAAAGACAACAAAGACAACACAGCCUCAAUACUGACCAGGAGAAACGGCUUCCGGAGACAGGAACAAUCGGUUUACUAUCUGCCAAUUUUCAUUGUGGACAGUGGAUCUCCUUCACUUAGCAGCACCAACACCCUCACCAUCCGAGUGUGUGACUGUGACGCCGAUGGCAUAGCCCAGACCUGCAAUGCAGAGGCCUAUGUCUUACCUGCUGGCCUCAGUACAGGAGCCCUGAUAGCAAUACUUGCCUGUGUCUUGACAUUAUUGGUGUUGAUCCUCCUAAUUGUCACUAUGAGAAGACGGAAAAAAGAGCCCCUUAUUUUUGACGAAGAAAGAGACAUCAGAGAAAACAUUGUAAGAUAUGAUGAUGAGGGCGGGGGAGAGGAGGACACGGAAGCAUUUGACAUGGCUGCACUGAGAAACCUCAACGUCAUCCGAGACACCAAGACCCGGAGGGAUGUGACUCCAGAAAUUCAGUUCCUGAGUCGACCAGCUUUUAAAAGCAUCCCAGAUAAUGUCAUCUUUAGGGAAUUUAUUUGGGAAAGACUAAAAGAAGCUGAUGUUGAUCCUGGUGCUCCUCCUUAUGACUCUCUGCAGACAUAUGCCUUUGAAGGAAAUGGCUCAGUUGCUGAAUCACUCAGCUCUUUAGAUUCCAUCAGCUCAAACUCUGAUCAGAACUAUGACUACCUUAGUGACUGGGGACCUCGCUUUAAACGACUUGCGGACAUGUAUGGGACUGGCCAGGAGAGUUUGUACUCAUAGCCUUGGAACCUUAAUUUGAAAUGUACUGAAAAAAAAAAAACAACAAAAAACAGCAACAACAACAACAGCAACACUACAUACAGAAAACAAGAACUCCACUUGCUGGAGAAAGAUGGUUGUAAAUACUUCUCCAUUUUUAAUUGUUUAGGUUUCUGCCUUGGUGAGGCAUAUCUUCAUUAGACUUCUCUAAGGGACUGCACUGACCACAGACUCUGAGCAUUUGAAGGCUUUUUGAUAAAAAGAAAUGCUCAGUGGUUUGUGAAUAGAUAGCAACUCUCAUAUACCUGCAAAGGCACCAAACCUCUAUGAGAAAGUAGUGCCCUGUGUCGUCAGUGAGUCAAAGAUGCCCUGUACAUACCUUCAUGGUACUGUCAUUGAGAGGAAUAGAACAUGAUGAGCUAUUGAAACACCCUGGAACUCCUUGCAUAUCAAAACUUGGGACAAAUUUAAUUUACAGAGAUGCUUAUAGCUUACUAUAUUACAGAAUCCAGCAGAAUUCUAUUGCUCUUGAUUAGCAGAAAUAUUUUAUUUAGCAAUAUGUAAAUUCUCAGAAAUUCCUUCCUAACUGAAAAUGCUACCACAAAAGCUGAUAAAAUUUGGUUUAAGGCAACAUAAACCAUUGUUUAUCCAAUAAAUUAUGAAGUGUUCCAAAUAAGAGAAAGGUAAAUAAUUUUUAAAGUUUGUGAUAGUUUUGAGAUGCUUGUGUAGGUAUGAUAAAAAAAAAAAGUUGCUGUCUAUUCAUUGAUUUUUAUUAUCUCUUCUGAUUUGUACAGGAGAAUAUCUUUUCUUUUUCAUUUGACACAUGGUGUUGUAUUUAUUUCGGAGCUCCAAUCUCCACUAAAUUCAGGUCCAUCAUACUGCCUCAUAGUAUUAAACUCAUCAGAACAUGCUGAUUUUUCUCCAGCCCAAGCUACAUGAAGGAAAUGAAGCAUGGAAAUGGAGAAAUAAUAGUAAAGCAAUCGAGCCCUGUUGCAGUUCACAUCUCAAAGAGGAGCACAGCUACAAGGACAUAUAAAUUGUUCUUCUGAGCCAUUAGAAUGUCAAAACAUUGGAAUAAAAUAUUUGUAUUUUGGAAAGACUUCAGAGAAAAUUGAGAUUUUCUUUGAUGCAAGAAUUUUUUGUCAAGGUCAUGAGUUCCACGUGCUCCAAAGACUUUCAAGAAUCCGUUUUCCAGCCUUUCUUGCUGCAAACAUAUUGAGUAAAAUAUUGAUUUUUAAAAAAUCUUAAAUAAUAUAAUGUUAUAAAGAUUAAAACCUGUGUUUAAAUUCUGAUGCAAACAUGUCCCUCGAGAAUUAACCAAACAAUGUAUAAUUUCUAUGUGGUUUAGAUGUGCCAAAGGAAGGAGGGUAAUUGCCAAGUCGUCAUGUGUUUAAAUUUAAGAUGAGCUGCUUAGAGUAUGAUUUUCAUUACCAAAAUAAUAUUGCUACCUAUUAUUUUUCCUAGAUUAAUACUAGUCUAAUGUGCAUAUAUAUUCAAGUAAGAAUGGAUUUAUUUUUUCCUUUUUUUCUCCUUUUAAAAAUAAUUCAUUGUUGGGUUCCUAAUAACAGUCAACACUGUGUAGAGAAUCAUGUUCUAAAAGUGCUUUUUGAAAGACAGACAGUGGAAUUAGAAUAUUAAUAUGUUGAUUACACAAAAAAGAACUAUGUAGGAUUCUGUAAACUUGCAGCCCAACUUUAGAAAUGAAGUAUGUAAAAGUGGCCUUCAGCUUCAUCAAAAUAAAUAAUUCAAUAAAUUUGAUUAUCUGCAAACAGUCCUUUAAUUUGAAUAAAGUUUUAUAGACAUUG